AUGUCCCUUACAAUUCCCUCCCCCAACUCCGAACCCAUCGCAGAACCUUUGACCGUCCUAUCUACUCUCCGCUCUCAUCUACUCCCAACUCCUCUCCUCAGUCUACUCCCAUCUGCUCUUCAGCUCUUCGCCCACCUCCAAUCUCUCCGUGGACAACUGACUCUUGAAUCAACUCGAAUACUCGAGACCCAUGCUCAGAUGGUACUUCUCACUCAAGAUUCAAAACAGGAGAACCUUGACUGUUUGACGAGAGAUGAAAUCAAGUUAGUGAAUAACGUGAGAAGUAGGGAAAAUGAAGAAAGAGAGAUGGAAUCUGUUAGUAUACAUUACAGAAAAUACCAUUUAGCAUGUCUUCUCAUCGCGGAUAUCUCACCUGAUAAAAUCACUCCUUUGGUAAACUUAUAUUUCCCCACUACUCAACAAGCCCAAACUAUCGGUCAUCUCUUCAUUCGGCUUCUCAAACCGGCCGAUCUUGUUUCUCUGGAAGAACAUCGAACUCAAGUUUUGUACUGGUUAACGAGAAGAAAAACAUCUCGUUUGAGUUUUGAUGCUCUGAUCGAGGGGACGCAAGGGGAGGUAGGUGAUAGUUUGGGUAGGGAGAUGUUAAGGUUGUCUGAGAGAGUAUUGGAGGAUUGUGAAAUAUUGAAGAGAGUGAUUUCGUCUUCACCAACUUCCACUCCGAUACUUACUCAACCCGAAAUUUCUUCUGGCCCGUCUCACCAAAUCCUUCGGAAAAGAUCUCAUUCCCCCUCUCCAGAUCAUAUAGCUAGACUACCAAGACUUUCUUUCGAUAUUUCUCGCGGACGACCCCGAGUCUCUCUUACGCCACAUAACACCUCCAUCCACACUCACUCACCCUCCAUGUCCAUCUCUCUCUCCCCUUCUACCCAUCGCGGUGGACCUAUACGAACACUUGAGAAUCCUCGACCGGUUUCUCCCACUGAACUCCAUUCUUCAUCAUCUGCGCGCCCUUCGUAUGCAGCAAAAGCGAUGUAUCCCGGACCUCAGGAUGAGUCGUCCAGGAGAUCAGGAGAAAAUGACGGGUAUGAGAAAGGGGGAUCGAAGUCGAGAAAACGGCCUAGGGCGUUAAUGAUAGAUACCGGACCAGACUAUACCGCUCCUAGUCCGAGAUUGGGGGAGAGAGUUUCGAAAGACCAACUCAGACCGUUUCCAUCAUCCAUGUUGCGUCGGUCUAUAGGGAAAGACGAGGGUAGUACUCGUAGAGCUAGUCCUCUGAGACGUGGUAGUGUGGGAGGAAGGACGAGCUCUGUUUCAGAUACUUAG